UCGUUUCCCCAUUUUGUUGCCCAAAGCUUGCUGGCCGCUGUGUAGGGCUGGCGAGUGGCCGGGGCUGUCUGAGCCAUGAACAGCUUCAGGGCCACCAUCCUCUUCUGGGCAGUGGCAGCAUGGGCUACAUCAGGCAAGCCUUUGGGACAGACAGAUGAAGCUGGAGUUCAAAAAUGCAAAAAUGCCUUGAAACUGCCUGUCCUGGAAGUCCUACCUGGAGGGGGCUGGGACAAUCUGCGUAAUGUGGACAUGGGACGGGUUAUGGAAUUGACUUACACCAACUGCAGGACAACUGAGGAUGGACAGUAUAUCACCCCUGAUGAAAUCUUCACCAUUCCCCAGAAACAGAGCAACCUGGAGAUGAACUCAGAAAUCCUGGAAUCUUGGGCGAAUUACCAGAGCAGCACCUCCUACUCCAUCAACACAGAUCUCUCUCUUUUUUCCAAAGUCAAUGGCAAGUUUUCCACUGAGUUCCGGAGGAUGAAGACCCUCCAAGUGAAAGACCAAGCUAUAACUACCCGAGUUCAGGUAAGAAACCUCGUCUACACAGUCAAAAUCAACCCAACCGUAGAGCUAAGCUCAGGUUUCAGGAAGGAGCUCCUUGACAUCUCUGACUGUCUAGAGAACAACCAGACGAGGAUGGCUACCUACCUGGCAGAACUCCUGGUCCUCAACUACGGCACCCAUGUCAUCACCAGUGUCGACGCUGGGGCUGCUCUUAUUCAGGAGGACCACAUCAAGACCUCCUUUCUCCAAGACAGCCAGAGCAGUCGUAGUGCCGUGACCGCCUCUGCUGGACUUGCCUUCCAAAACACCGUGAACUUCAAAUUUGAGGAAAACUAUACGUUGCAGAAUGUCCUCACCAAGAGCUACCUCUCAAACCGAACCAACUCCAGGGUGCAGAGCAUCGGAGGGAUUCCUUUUUACCCAGGCAUCACCCUCCAGGUCUGGCAGCAGGGUAUCACCAACCACCUGGUGGCCAUCGACCGCUCUGGCCUGCCACUGCAUUUCUUCGUCAACCCCAACAUGCUGCCUGACUUGCCAGGCCCCCUGGUGAGGAAGGUGUCAAAGACGGUGGAAACUGCUGUGAAGCGCUAUUACACAUUCAACACCUACCCUGGCUGCACCGAUCUCCAUUCUCCCAACUUCAAUUUUCAGGCCAACAUGGAUGAUGGCUCCUGCGAAGGGAAAAUGACCAACUUCUCUCUUGGUGGGGUUUAUCAGGAAUGCACUCAGCUCUCAGGGAGUAGGGAUGUCCUCCUCUGCCAAAAGUUGGAGCAGAAGAAUCCACUCACUGGUGAUUUCUCUUGCCCCUCUGGCUACUCCCCGGUGCACUUGGUAUCCCAGAUCCACGAGGAGGGUUACAACCACCUGGAGUGUCAUCGAAAGUGCACUCUCCUCGUUUUCUGCAAGACCAUAUGUGAAGAUGUGUUCCAGGUGGCAAAGGCUGAAUUCAGGGCUUUUUGGUGUGUGGCCAGUAGCCAAGUACCUGAGAACUCAGUACUGCUUUUCGGAGGCCUCUUCAGCAGCAAGAGCAUAAACCCCAUGACAAAUGCACAGUCAUGCCCAGCCGGCUACUUUCCACUGAGACUCUUUGAAAACCUCAAGGUAUGUGUUUCUCAGGACUAUGAGUUGGGAAGCAGGUUUGCGGUCCCCUUUGGUGGGUUCUUUAGCUGCGCAGUUGGGAACCCCCUGGUAGAUCCUGCUAUAUCCAGAGAUUUAGAGGCACCAUCUCUGAAAAAGUGCCCUGGGGGCUUCAGCCAGCACCUAGCCCUCAUCAGCGACGGAUGCCAAGUGUCCUACUGUGUCAAAUCCGGGCUUUUUACAGGAGGGUCCCUGCCCCCUGCCAGGCUCCCACCUUUCACCCGGCCACCCCUCAUGAGUCAGGCUGCCACCAAUACUGUCAUAGUGACCAAUUCUGAGAAUGCGAGAUCCUGGAUUAAAGACUCCCAGACCCACCAGUGGAGGCUGGGAGAGCUGGUAGAGCUGCGGAGGGCCAUGAAUGUCAUCCAUGGGGAUGGUGGUGGUCUGUCAGGAGGGGCUGCAGCUGGGAUCACAGUGGGGGUCACCACCAUUCUGGCUCUUGCUAUCACCCUGGCCAUCUACGGCACCCGGAAGUUCAAGAAGAAAGCAUAUCAGGAAAUUGGGGAAAGGCAGAGUUUGGUUCCAGGCACUGCAGCAACUGGAGACACGCCUCACGAAGAGCAGGGACAGAGUUCAGCUUAAAUCUCUCCCUGAAAAUGGUUUCUCUCAUCUCCAGUGUGGUCACUGCUGACCACUCUGUUUUCCUAAACAUUGAAAUGGCACGUGCAACCAAAAGUAGGCAUAUUUGUGACUUCUUGUUUAAGUCUCUGGGCCAGAAAAUUCACACUGUUACAUGGAUAAGGGUGGGAUUGGGGAGAGGGAACAGUUGGGAGUAGAAGAAAAGCCAUUCUGGGACUAAAAUAGAAAGCAGAUGCCCUUUCCCAGUGUGUGUCGCUGUCUUCACCUGAA